GAAGAAAGAAGUGUUGUCACAGCAGCAGCAACACAGAUUGUGAUGAAAAAUGUAGAGCGUCCAGCCGGGAGGAGAGACAGAGACUGAGAGAGAGCAACGCACAGAGUUACCCACCAAACCAUCACACUGCUUCUGUGUCGUGAACAUUUUGGCGCUUCUGCAAACGGAAAAAAAAGCGGCUGAUUCUGGGACUGACAGAGGAAAAACUGAAGGAGAGUCGACAGGCGGGAUCGACGCCUUAAAACAACCGCCUGCUGAAGCUGAUUUUUUAUUUUGGAGGAGGUGUGUGUGUGGGGGUGGGGGGAGAGGCCAGUAUGCCGGCAUUUCUUUCUCAUCCGUGCACCGUGAGAUUUUGCCGCCACGCAGGAACCCCCCGCUGCAGCCGCUGCUGGUAUAUGAGCAACUUGAUGCGCUAAAGGUAACGCCGCUGAAUUUGGCUGCCGAUUUUCUUUCCUUCCAUCAAUUUGGUGCUGCGUGAAGCGAUGAUGAUGAUGAGGAUGAUGCUGCAUCGGCGGGCUUUGAAUGUGUGAAUCCUGUACGGGACUCUCCUCCUUCGCGAUGUAAAUUGGAGCCAUUAAAGUCUUUUUUUUUUCGUCCCCUCACCCCCAAGCUCUGCGUUAAUUACAGUGACCACAAUAAAAAAGAUGCCCUUUUUUGACGCUUGGAGUGAGGAUGCCAGUGGCUGUGAUUGUGUCUCUCCUGCUGCGGCAGCUCCUCGGCUCAAGACAGACUCAAGUAGCCUUAGCUGAAGAGAAAAACAGCAAGCUGGCAAGUGCUGUAUCACCCAACACAAGCCGAAGGAGCCUGUGUAUGAGUGUGGGGAAGGGCAUCCAUCACAGCACAGCGCAGGGGCUUCCUAGGAACCGCCACAUCCCCACAUUCGUCUGAGGACUGCUGAGAGAUUACAACCCCCACCUGAUGGUUGUUGGAGGGCAGCCCCGAUGCAUCUUGUGCGUGUGAAAACUCUCAGAGUCCGCCUUUGCCAGCUCUGCAUCAACAGAAAGGAGACAGAGCAGACGGUAACUCGGUGUGUGUCAUGUUAGAGGCUGGACUCUUGCCUGCUCGCACCAGCUCUCUGCCAAAAUCUGUGACCUGCCCUGUCUGAGCCCUUUGCAUGAGCAUCUCUGCACUGCCACAACAGAACCAGUGGUUUGUAGACAUUACUGGCCAUUUUACUCCGCUCCUCACGCUCCUCCAACCACAAUAACAAAAAAAGGCUCCCCACGUCUCUGACUCUCGGUGCAGGACAGAGCGGAGGUCAGGAUGCAGGUCUCCUUCGCAUGCACUGAGCACAACCUGAAGAGCCGCAGUGAGGACCGGCUCUGUGGCCUUCGCACCGCCCCACCUCCAGGAGGAAGCAGUGGAGGAGGCGGCGGUGGAGGAGGAGGAGGAGGAGGAGGAGGUGGUGGCGGUAGUGGAUCGGGAGGAGGUAGCAGCGGAGGAGGAGGUGGUGGUGGACAGGGGGGUAACGGUAACUACGUCUCCCAAGGCUCUGUGAAGAACAGGGACGGCCCCGGGUCCCGGCAGACUCCACAGGGCCAUGCCCACAUGAAGGAGGCCAUCGGGCGGCACUCCAACAUGAAGUACAGGAACCUGGGGAAGUCCGGCCUUCGUGUAUCCUGCCUCGGGUUAGGCACCUGGGUGACAUUUGGAUCUCAGAUCUCUGAUGAGAUGGCGGAGAACCUGAUGACCCUCGCUUUUGAAAAUGGAGUCAACCUGUUUGACACGGCAGAGGUGUACGCCUCAGGAAGAGCGGAAAUCACCCUAGGGAACAUUAUCAAAAAGAAAGGGUGGAGGCGCUCAAGUUUUGUCAUCACAACAAAAAUCUACUGGGGAGGCCAAGCAGAAACAGAGCGAGGACUCUCCCGAAAGCACAUUAUUGAAGGUUUACGAGGGUCCUUAUCAAGGCUCCAACUCGAUUAUGUGGACUUAGUUUUUGCCAACAGAAAUGACGUGAACAGUCCGAUGGAAGAGAUUGUUCGGGCCAUGACAUUUGUAAUAAACCAGGGCAUGGCCAUGUACUGGGGAACCUCCCGCUGGAGCGCAAUGGAGAUCAUGGAAGCGUACUCCGUUGCGCGACAGUUCAACCUGAUCCCACCUGUGUGUGAGCAGGCAGAGUAUCACUAUUUCCAGAGGGACAAAGUUGAGGUGCAGCUUCCUGAACUCUACCACAAGAUCGGUGUGGGGGCGAUGACCUGGUCUCCACUUGCUUGUGGAUUAAUCACAGGAAAGUACAGCGACGGCGUGCCCGAGUGCUCCAGAGCAGCGAUGAAGGGAUACCAGUGGCUGAAGGAGCGGGUGAACAGCGAGGAAGGCAGAAGGCAGCUGGCGAAAAUCAAGGAGCUCCAUCUACUGGCAGACAGACUGGGCUGCACCGCCGCACAGUUGGCCAUAGCCUGGUGUUUGCGAAGUGAGGGUGUCAGCUCUGUGCUUCUGGGUGUUUCUAACACUGACCAGCUACUAGAGAACCUCGGAGCUCUCCAGAUUUUAUCCCAAAUGACGCCUCAGACCGUUACUGAGAUCGACGCCCUGCUGGGAAACAAACCACACUCGAAGAAAGAGACGCGUGCUUGAAGAUGCCAAACAAACAGUGACAGAUGACGUUUCACGACAAGAAAACCGUGGGAAUCUUCGCUUUUUGCUCUGCUGUAUACUCAAAUUGCAUGUUCUCCGCAACAUUAUGCUUCCAGUCUGUGCGCAUACCCAUUUUUGCGCAACAAAUUGUAUUAUAUACGACAACAACAACAACAACAAAAAAAGAAAAUUUCUCUAGCCUGUAAAAAGAAAAAACAAAAAGGAUCAUAUAUUGCUCACUGUCAAUUGUUUGCAGACUACAUAGACGCAAAGUGACAAGCUUCUGCUGUCCACAGGAACUGAGAAACCUUUGCAGCUUUCAGCUGCAGUCAAAGCACAGGACGUGGCCCAAAGUAGAAAAGAAAUCCCACCUUUUGCUUGAAUGCAACAUUUCUGGUUAAAUGGUGCUUUUACUGGACGUGCGGCUCUGCGAGGGGGAGUUGGGUUUGUUGAUGUUUAGCCAGCAGGCAGAGAGACAGAGGUUAGCACCCAUGCGUCUAGCUGAACAUUUCCCAUCAUGUGCAUGUGACUGGUCUGCAACACUCACUGCUUUACAGGGUUGGGAACAUUGGGUUACUAGUAAAAUUUAAAAAACAAAAUUAAAAAAUCAUCAUACAGCCUAGUUUAAGAAGAAAAAAAAAAAAAUAAUAAAAAAAAGAUAAAGCAGUACAAAAUUAACCAUUUAUUUUGAUUAGCAAAAGUCACUUUAAAAAGAAAAAAUGCAAACAGAUAUUAUUAGUGGGUGCAGUUUAUGAAGACUUUCCCAGCCCUGCUGCUUUCCCAAAGUCUUUUUGCCUCCUCUGUUUGUAAACUGUGCGCAUGUCCCUUUAAGAGAGAAUCAGCCCCCAAUCGGGCGUAAAUGUGGCAUGGCUUUUAUGGCUUAUGUAGAUUUGCAGUGCCCUUGUAAGCCAAUGUUUCGUUUUGUUUCUUCUUUUUUUACUCAAAUAGUCCUGCAGUUUGAUCCAACAUCCUGCUGCUGGGGCUUCGCUUUAAAGAGUCCCAGCAAUCCUGGGACAACUCCAUGUCCAUCUGACCUUUGACCUAUACCCUUUGUAUUAUCUUGAACUGCACAGAAAAGUGCAGAUGAAAAAUACUGUAAAGACUGUACUAGAAUAAAAGGUUUGAGGUAGCUGAAGGGUGGGAAGGCGACAGCUCUGGACACACUGUGGUAAAACUGUACUUUUCCAACCGUAGGAGAAAAAAAAAAAAUUUAAUAUGACACAAAGAGCCCCAGGGUAAGAAUUAGCAAAUGUAUUUUUUCUUUCUUGAAAUUUAAAAUAUAUCUUCUCUGCUCAAAUUUCUUGAGAGUACGCCUUCUGUAUCCCUUUGACCCUUACACACACACACACACACACACACACACCCACACACACACACACACACACACAUUUCUCUUCUUCUUUGUGUUGACUUUAUUUCCAAAUGACGUAAAGAUUUUUUCCUUUAGUAAUCUUCCAAAAAGAACAGAGCAACAUGAAAUUACAUACAAGCAGCUGUUCUGGCUCACAAAAUGCUUUUGUCUUUUCUAAAUACGAUUUAAUUUGAUCGUUUUUUGUUUUUUUUUCUUUGAAUUGAGGAAACAAAUGAGAAAUUACAAAAUUAUUGUUUUUUACAGCACAAAGUCUUCAUGACCACCAUCAGAUGCUCUUUACAUGUCGGCAUGUUUCUCUUGUAAAGACCCAGGGAACAUUUUAAAGUCUAAUAUACACACUACUUAAAAUAAAAAUCUAGUGUGUUCCUAUUGAGCCUUUCAGCUGGAUAAUGAUCUAAAACAUCUGAACAUAGAAGAGGACCAGCGUUCCUCCAUGGCCAUCUUCAGCUUUCACUGCUGAAACCUACAGAUCAUCUACAGAAAAUCUACAGAUCAUCUCUGCAGGUUUUGCAAGGCUGAAUCUCUUUUGGCGUGUUUGGGGGAUGUACAAAGUACUAAAAGUGUGUCUACUGUUUCAACAGGUUUAACAGGAAGUGGAAAAGAAGAACAACAAUCAAACAAAAAUAUUAAUAUCCUGAUUAGGUCAAUAGGUAUAUUCUCACGAAUAUUUUUAUGUUAAGACCUAAAAACGUAAAGCAAGAUGAGGGGUUAGAAGUUAAAUCUGGUGUUUUUAGGUUUUUGUGACUGAGAAGCUGAACAGGACGAAUGGUAUCGACCCAGAACCCGGGAAUCUCAGAGAAAAGCUGCCCUUGUCCGGCUACCGAAUCACUUGGUACUUCAGUAAAACAUUUAUCCAUGAACUUUAGCUUGUUUAUUAGACAUCAGCAAACUGUGGCCUAAUCACUAAAGUAUUUCAGAUUCUUUUCAAGUUUUUUUCUUUUCAUUAUUUGCAUGAUAUCAACCAAAACAAACACCUGCAGGUUUCUGCUUCUUCUAACUGAGCCAGGCUGAUAACAUUCAGAGCACAGUGCAUUCCUCUGAAGCUUACCUGAUGUGUUUUCUCCCUUUCUUCCCGAACCAAGAGUUUGGUUUCAGCUGGAGCUGCAGAACUGACUGAAAUAAUCCCAUGACUCUGCGUAAUGUUUCAGAUGAAACAGUCAGACAGUAAGCAGCUGAAAUACUUGGAACAUGUGACAUUCAUGCCUAUUUUUCAUAAAGUUUUACCAAGCUGUU